GCUCCAGGUACAUGUGACAACGCCGCAGCUAUGAGUGGAAUCUUAAAGAGGAAGUUUGAAGAUGUGGACGCCUCCUCGCCCUGCUCCUCUGCCCGGGAAUCAGAUGACGAAGUCUCCAGCAGUGAGAGCGCUGACAGCGGGGACAGUGUCAACCCGUCCACCUCUAAUCACUUCACCCCUUCUUCCAUCCUCAAAAGAGAGAAACGGCUGAGGACGAAGAACGUGCAUUUCAGCUGUGUUACCGUGUACUACUUCACCAGGAGACAGGGCUUCACCAGCGUGCCCAGCCAGGGGGGCAGCACUCUGGGCAUGUCCAGUCGUCACAACAGCGUGCGCCAGUACACCCUGGGCGAGUUUGCGAGGGAGCAGGAACGGCUGCACCGAGAGAUGCUGAGAGAACACCUCAGGGAGGAGAAGCUCAACUCUCUAAAGCUAAAGAUGACUAAAAAUGGCACAGUGGAGUCUGAAGAAGCGAGCACUCUGACAGUCGAUGACAUUUCCGACGAUGAUAUUGAUUUAGACAACACAGAAGUAGACGAAUACUUCUUCCUACAACCCCUGCCCACAAAAAAACGGAGAGCCCUGCUGCGUGCCUCUGGAGUGAAGAAGAUCGACGUGGAAGAAAAACACGAACUGCGAGCCAUCCGCCUGUCCCGGGAAGACUGUGGCUGCGACUGCAGAGUGUUCUGUGAUCCAGAAACAUGUACCUGCAGCCUGGCAGGCAUCAAGUGUCAGGUGGAUCGUAUGUCUUUCCCAUGCGGCUGCACUAAAGAAGGCUGUAGCAACACAGCAGGUAGAAUUGAAUUUAAUCCUAUCCGUGUCCGGACUCAUUUUUUGCACACAAUCAUGAAACUUGAACUGGAGAAAAAUCGCGAGCAGCAAAUCCCCACGCUGAACGGCUGCCACGGUGAGAUAAGCCCCCACGGUACUUCCAUGGGCCCCGUCGCUCACUCGGUAGAAUACGCCAUCGCAGACAAUUUCGAGAUUGACACGGAACCCCAGGCUGCCGUGCUUCACCUGCAGGAGGAACUGGAUGGCCAGGGAGAGGAGGAGGAAGAGGAGGAGGAUGGAAGCAGCUUCUGCAGCGGAGUCACCGACUCCAGCACACAAAGCCUGGCCCCCAGUGAGUCGGAUGAGGAGGAAGAGGAGGAGGAGGAGGAAGAAGAGGAGGAAGAAGAUGACGAUGAGGACAAGGGAGACAGCUUUGUAGAAGGGCUGGGAGCCCAUGCCGAAGUCGUCCCUCUUCCUUCUGUUCUUUGUUACUCGGAUGGCACCGCAGUUCAUGAGAGCCACACAAAGAAUGCUUCGUUUUAUGCUAGCUCUUCAACCCUGUACUACCAAAUAGAUAGCCACAUCCCAGGAACUCCUAGCCAGAUCUCUGACAGCUAUUCGGAAAGAGAUACUGUCAAAAACGGUGCCCUGUCGCUGGUGCCUUACGCCAUGACCCCAGAGCGAUUUGUUGACUAUGCCAGACAAGCGGAAGAGGCCUACGGGGCCUCCCACUACCCAGCUGCCAACCCUUCUGUCAUUGUUUGCUGCCCCACUUCUGAAAAUGAUAGUGGGGUGCCCUGUAACACCUUAUACCCUGAACACAGGCCCAGUCUUCCCCAAGUGGAAUUUCACUCAUACUUGAAAGGCCCUUCCCAGGAAGGGUUCGUCUCCGCGUUGAACGGCGGCGAAGGCCACAUUUCCGAGCAUCCAGCGGAGAAUUCUCUGAGCCUUGCCGAAAAGAGCCGCCUGCACGAGGAGUGCAUUAAGUCCCCCGUGGUGGAGACGGUCCCUGUUUAG